AUGCAAGACCGCAUGCUCGUCCGGAGCUACAGACCGACACGGCACUUGCUGCCCGCGCUGCCAAGCGGCCAGGCCAAUAAACAGUUGUCGUCAUCGGCGUUGUCGAAAGGGCAGAAACAGGACAACACAGAGUCCGUGCGGGAUGGCCACGGCACGUUCGAGCUGACGGUGAAGACGUACUUUCCGGACGCGUCGCAGCCGGGCGGCGCCAUGUCCAACAUUCUCGAUUGUGUUCCGCUGGGCGAGGAGGUGGAGAUGCGCGGGCCGACCGGCGAGAUCACGUACGACGGCCACGGGGCCUUUACCAUCGAGGGCCGCGCGCGGCACUCUGCCCGCGUGUCGCUCGUGCUCGGCGGCUCCGGCGUGACGCCGGGGUUUGCCCUGAUUGCGCGCAUCCUGCUCACGAGCGGCGACGACACUCCGCUGCGCGUCAUCGACGCCAACACGACGGAGGGUGACAUCCUGCUUCGAGACGAGCUCGAUGCCCUGGCCAAAGACUUCUGA